AACGAGACGCACACGACCUGCUGGAGAACAAAACGAACCGAACAGCUUGUCAUUAGCAUCACAACUGAAAAAAAAGGCUAUUCAGGAGAUCGGGCAAUGCUGCAGCGUGUACAGUCAACAAAAGGUACCGUCAACAAAAAAAAAAAACACCAAAAAAUGGCGAAUCAUUAUGAGAUUCCGAGUUGGGCUGGUAAACCAACAACUGGACUGCACCUUGAUGUGACUAAAGAUGGGAAACUUAUCCAGAAACUGAUGAUUGAUCAGAAAAAAUGCUACCUCUUCGGACGAAAUCCUCAAAUGUGUGACUUUUGUAUAGAUCAUGCAUCAUGCUCGAGGGUCCACUCGGCACUUGUCUGGCACAAGCACUUGAAUCGUGCAUUCCUUGUUGACCUUGGAAGCACCCAUGGAACAUUUAUUGGCUCAAUGAGGAUUGAGAGCGAAAAACCUACUCAACUUCCAGUGGAUAGUACCUUUCACUUUGGUGCUUCAACUAGGUAUUACGUUUUGAGGGAACGGCCACAAAACGCCCCCAGACCAAUUUUGGAAGAGUUGGAGGAAGAGGCCAAAAGUGUGCAUCAAGAUGGAGGAAAGCUUGGACUCCCCGAAUCAGAAAUGGAAUUAGAUAACUUGACAGAAUUCAAUACAGCACACAACCGGCGGAUCUCUAUGUUGGGUAUUGCAGACGACGAUGGCGAUAAUAGAAAUCCAGGUGGCAAAAGAAAAAAGAGAUCCAUCACAUUCAAUGACGAAGAGGAAGUCAUCAACCCGGAAGAUAUUGAUCCGAAUGUGGGAAGAUUCCGUAAUCUGGUCCACACGUCUCUCGUCAUCCCUACAAAACGGAUUAAAAAUGAAACGUUGGCCAGUGGAGGAGCAUCUUCGAGAGAACACCAGUUCCACCGUUCUCUGGCAUCCUCGUCGGGCGUAGAGGGACUGUAUGGAGGCCUACCACCUGAGAUGGGCGAAUCAUCUGCGUCUCAUUUGACUUCUCAAUCAGCGUCUGCCGGCCUCUUCUCAUCGACUCUAGCUUCUAAGUUGGGACUGCCAUUGAUGCCUAACCCUGCCCCUGAUGUCGACUUGUCCGCCCCAUUAGAACCGGCUGCAGCACCGGUGUCUUCCCGAGUCAAUGUCGAGUUCGCCCAACCUCCUGCGGUAGAAUCGGAAUCUUCAUCCGGCUUACCCAAGAGAAAGAAAUAUGCCAAAGAGGCAUGGCCGGGUAAAAAGCCGGCACCCUCACUUCUUAUGUAACAAUUCUCAGUUCCCCCAACUUGUCAUUUUCAUCACGAUUUUCUUUUUUUUUUUUAAAUAAAAACAAAACACAAAAAAAAA